UCGAUUUUUGAAUUUUCCCAUAUGAGACACAUGCAGUACUGUGCUCAGUAACAAAAAAAAAAAAAACCCAACAUUUCUUCUCAAACAUCAUCGUCAUCAUCGUCAUCAUGAUCCACUUAUCCUUCACCCCUCACCACCUUCCCACCUUCGCUAUCCUACGCCCACCCCUCCGUCUCACUGCCACUGCCAGUAAUACCACCGCUACUAUUAACAUCCUCCAUUCUUUCCCUUCUUCUUCCCGUCUCCAUUUCCUCUAUCCUCCGCCGUGUCGUCCUCUACGCACCCCACUUUCCUCCUUCGCUCCUCCUACCUGCGCCGCCCUACGUGCCUCCGCCGGUGAUGUUCUCCACGAUGCCGGAGCUACGGCGCUUGUACUCGCCGGCGCGUACGUUCUCGUCUUCGCCUUUAAUAAUCUCACUCAGCGGAAUCUCAUUCACCAGAGUUUAAGCAGAAAACUGGUUCACAUAUUAUCUGGGUUGCUUUUCUUGGUUUCCUGGCCAAUUUUCAGCAACUCAAACCAGGCUCGCUGCUUCGCUACGUUGGUACCUCUUGUAAAUUGCUUAAGGCUUGUUGUACAUGGAUUUCAACUGGUUGAUGAUGAUGGACUCAUAAAAUCUGUGACUCGUGAAGGAAAUCCAAAGGAGUUGCUUAGAGGUCCUCUAUAUUAUGUCCUUAUAUUAAUCAUAUGUGCUCUAGCAUUUUGGCGAGAGUCACCGGUGGGAGUGAUAUCGUUGGCAAUGAUGUGUGGUGGCGAUGGUAUUGCUGAUAUAGUGGGUAGAAAAUUCGGAUCCAAAAAGAUUCCUUACAAUCCAAGUAAGAGUUGGGCUGGUAGCAUUUCCAUGUUUGUGUUUGGAUUCUUGGUUUCCAUUGGGAUGCUAUACUAUUAUUCAGCUUUGGGGUUUAUGGUGUUGGAUUGGCCAUUGACAGUUCAAAGAGUUGCCCUGGUUUCAAUGGUGGCAACAUUUGUUGAGUCUCUUCCAAUUACAAAGGUAAUAGAUGACAACAUCUCUGUCCCAUUAGCGAGCAUGGUGACCGCAUUUUUGAGUUUUGGUUAUUAGCUUCUCUGAACUAUAUGGUUAAACAAUUUUUUUUUUUUUUUUUCACCUUCAGUCUCUUUUAGCCAUAUAGUUGAUAUCUUUUGUUUUUGCGCUUUUUUUAAAAAAAAAAUAAAUAAAUAAAUAAGUAAAUUUAUGAUUAUUGAGGUUUUCCUUAAAGGCCUUGUAAACUAGACUUUUAUUUAUAUGAUGAAAUGAAUAAAGAUGUCAAAAUGUUUUAGACCUGUUUAAGAGA